CUACGCCCCCUGGUGCCCAGCAUGCAAGAACCUCGCCCCCGUUUGGGACGAUCUUUCCACCUGGUCCGACGACUUGAACAUCAAAACGGCCAAAGUCGAUGUGACGACCUCGCCCGGAUUAAGCGGACGUUUCUUCGUGACGGCCCUGCCAACCAUAUUCCACGUCCUGAACGGAGAGUUCCGCCAGUACAAGGGACCACGUGAUCUCAACUCACUGAUGACUUUCAUCGAGGAAAAGAAAUGGCAACAGCUGGAACCGGUGUCGGCUUGGAGCAAACCGGACUCCAUCCAGAUGUCGCUGGUAUCGCAGUUCUUCAAGUUGUCGCACUUUUUGAAAGUAAGUAAAUCCUACAUCAAGGAAGUCAACACGAUGCUUUCGAAGGAAUACGGCCUUCCGGCAUGGGGAUCGUACGCUCUGUUUGCCAUCGGAACCAUCUUGCUCGGUGCCAUUCUCGGAUUGAUCCUGGUAUGUGUGAUUGACUUCAUGUUCCCUCCGAAGUCCGCCCAGCGCAAGAGCUUCUCCGAGCAUAAGCAGAACCUCAAGAACGAACAGGUCGCCGAAGAGAUCAAGGGUGACGAGCUGGAAGAUGAAGACGAGCUGGCCGGAACCGGUGUCCAGGAUGAGGUCGAGGAAGAUGAAACCAACGAAACUUCGGAAGGCGAGAAGAACUCCGGAUCGGACUCCGAGGAAGAAAGCGAACCAAAGGAAGAGGAGAAAGAAGAGCAAGAUGCCGCCCCAGUUGCCCCACCCAGUCCCAAAGAGGAAGCCAAAAAGAAGGACACCAAUGCCGGAAGUCCGGACGUUCGGAAGCGCAAAUCUCGAAAGGCCGAUUGAACGUAAAAACAUCCGCCAAAUAAGCCCCCACCCUGUACUCUCGAUUAACGCCCAAGAAUAGAACAGAAAGAAUUAGGAAUAUGGGAGCAGAGCAGCACCGUAGAUUAGAUGAACAAAAUGGAGCAAAAAAAACCUCUUGAGUUAUCCUCAUUCAUGGGAUAUGAGCCGUUUCAGCAACAAUCAUCUUAACAAGAUCACACACACACAUACACACAGACAGACGGACAUCCUACUGAGAAUUUGAAGUGUUUCACAAUUUACACACAUAAAGUCAGCAUCAGCAAAAAAGUAAGCAUUUACGUAGGACAAAAAUCAUUAUUAGCGAUUAACAUUAUUAUCUUCUACUUCGUUUUCGUGAUAACUACGCUAACCAACUGAUAAUUCCGUUUGUUUCGUUCCAACAGAACUUGUACGUCUCAAAUUCUUCUUAUUUAAUAUAUUCUCUAAGUCUCUUCGCUUAUUUCCUUAUAUUUUUUGUCGGUCGGCUUACAUCGCGUAUUUUCUACAUUGAUAUUUACUUAUACUAAUUAAAAAUUAAACAAAAACAAUAAAGAUAUUUUUCGAGCGUGUGUUGUAGAUUAGCUAAGCCAGCUAUUUAGUUGUACAUUCAGAUCGUCGAAUGUAGGAGUCAUCAAAAGCGAGAAAAAAAACUACGAGUAAUCGCUAUUAUUAUCUAUUAAAAAAACUAUCUACAAACCAGUUUACUAACAUAAGUGUUAGUUUUAAGAGUAUAUCUAUUGAACGAAGGAAGGAAGCAAGUGUAAAGUGAAAAGAUUGCUAGGCUAUAACAAGAGGCAGCAGCAGCAGCACCAAGUAGUCACCAACUCGUAGUAGUUCAGUUGGUUGUGUUUGUGACGUUAAGUUGAAACAAAGUCGGAAAUAAAGAGCACUUUUUUCGAACGUUUUCGCCAGAA